GGCGGCGGCCGGGGAGGAGCCGCGAUGCCGCUCCCAUGGUGAUGCUGCGGGGAAUUUGCUGACCGUCCCUUGCCAGGUGGGGCUGGCUUCGAGCAGGCCAGCGCGGAGGGAGGACCGGCGGGCAGUCUCCUCCCAGAGCCUUGGAGGAGCCUGCUUUGUGGUCUGGAAUUAAGCGGAGACGCAGCCGGGACCCUUGGAAGCACCUGGGGAUCGAUUAAGAGGAGGGUGAGCCGGUGACAGCUCAUCUCGGGAGCCCCCUGACCUCACCUGCUGCUGCAGGCCUGAAGAAUGCGGAUGACCCUGACCGUGAACCCUGCAUCUGAGUCUCAGGCUUACUGCAUUGGCUCACGACCCUGAAGGGGUGUUGAUCUCUCUGGUCAAGUUCGAGGUGAAAUAGCGAGUCCCUGUGGUGUGCCAGCAGGGAGCCUCCCAGGAUGACUGUCUUGCCGAGCAGCCUGAACAUGGUGGGAAAGUCCCGGAACUUCACGGUGGACGACUGCUUCAACUCUCGGAACACUGUCCUAAAGGGGCAGCCCUUUGGGGGCAUCCCUACUGUUUUGUUCCUCAACAUCAUCUUGUGGGUGGUCAUCGUCUUGGUUUAUUCCUUCCUCCGGAAAGCCGCAUGGGACUACGGGCGCCUGGCUCUGCUGAUACACAACGACAGCCUGACCUCACUGGUCUAUGGGGAGCAGAGCGAGAAGACGUCCCCCUCGGACAUCUCCCUGGAGAUGGAGCACAGGGACAAGGGCUUCUAUUCCUGGUUUUUCAACACCAUCACCAUGAAGAAUGAAGAUCUGAUUAGCAGGUGUGGAGACGAUGCCCGGAUCUACAUCAUGUUCCAGUACCACCUCAUCAUCUUUAUCCUCAUUCUCUGCAUCCCCUCCUUGGGCAUCAUCUUGCCUAUCAACUACACUGGAGAUGUUCUGGACCGGGAUAGUCACUUUGGCCGGACCACCAUUGUCAAUGUCUCCACAGAGAGUAAGUUCCUGUGGCUACACAGCAUCUUCGCUUUCUUAUACUUCAUCACCAACCUUCUCUUCAUGACUCAUCACUGCUUAGGAUUUGUGCCCAGGAAAAGCUACACGGUCACCAGGACACUAAUGAUCACCUAUGUCCCCACGGACAUCCAAGACCCAGAGAUCAUCAUUAAGCAUUUUCACGAGGCCUACCCAGGGUGCAUAGUGACCAGAGUCCACUUCUGCUAUGACGUCAGGACCCUGAUUGACUUGGACGAUCAGAGGCGCCACGCGAUGCGGGGCCGGCUCUACUACACUGCCAAGGCCAAGAAGAAGGGGAAGGUGAUGAUCAAGGUCCACCCCUGCUCCCGGCUGUGCUUCUGCAGGUGCUGGGCUUGCUUCAAAGAGGUGGACGCAGAACAGUAUUACAGCGAGCUGGAGGAGCAGCUGACUGAUGAGUUCAACGCUGAGCUCAACCGCGCGCGGCUGAAGCGUCUGGACCUGAUCUUCGUCACCUUCCAGGACUCCAGGAUGACGAAGCACAUUCUGCAGGACUACAAGUUCAUCCACUGUGGGAUGUCCCCCAAAGAGUCCUCAGUGACCACCAUUGUCAAGUCCUACCGCUGGAGGGUAGUCCGUGCCCCACACCCCAAAGACAUUAUUUGGAAACACCUGUCCGUCCGCCGCUUCCAUUGGUGGGCCCGCUUUAUCGCAAUCAACACUUUCCUCUUCUUCCUCUUCUUCUUCCUCACCACGCCUGCCAUCAUCAUCAACACCAUCGACUUGUACAACGUCACCCGCCCCAUCGAGAAUUUGCAGAGCCCCAUCGUGACCCAGUUCUUCCCGUCUGUGCUGCUCUGGGCCUUUACCGUGACACUGCCUCUGAUCGUCUACCUCUCUGCCUUCCUUGAAGCCCACUGGACAAGAACAAGUCAGAAUCUGAUCAUAGUGCACAAGUGUUAUGUCUUUCUGGUGUUCAUGGUGGUCAUUCUGCCCUCUAUGGGACUGACCAGUUUGGACGUCUUUUUGCACUGGCUCUUUGACAUCUACUAUCUGGAGCAGGCAUCCGUCAGGUUCCAGUGUGUGUUCCUGCCAGACAAUGGCGCCUUCUUUGUCAACUACGUCAUCACGGCAGCCUUUAUUGGCACAGGCAUGGAGCUGAUGCGCCUGGGGUCGCUCUUCUUGUACACCAUCCGCCUCAUCUUCUCCAGGUCGGAGCCAGAGAGAGUGAACAUCCGAAUGAACCAGGCCAUUGACUUCCAGUAUGGGCGCGAGUAUGCGUGGAUGAUGAAUGUCUUCAGCGUGGUGAUGGCGUACAGCAUCACCUGCCCCAUCAUUGCUCCUUUCGGGCUGCUCUACCUGUGCAUGAAGCACGUCACGGACCGCUAUAACAUGUACUACUCGUACGCGCCCACCAAACUCAAUGAGCAGAUCCACAUGGCCGCCAUCCACCAAGCCAUCUUCGCGCCGCUCCUGGGGCUGGUUUGGAUGCUCUUCUUCUCCAUCCUACGCUUAGGGUCCCAGCAUGCCAUCACCAUCUUCUCCCUCACCACCCUUAUUGUUUCCAUAAUAAUGGCCUGUGUUGCCACAUUCCUGGGGAAGAUGUCGAAAAGGACUAACUAUGAGCCUGAGGAGAUGGAGACCGUGUUUGACCUGGAGCCUAGCAGCACCUCCUCCACGCCAACCUCCCUUCUGUAUGUGGCCACCGUGCUGCAAGAGCCGGAGAUGAACCUGACCCCUGCCUCCUCCCCAGCCCAGCCCACCUACGGCACCAUGAGCAGACAGCCGGAAGAGGGAGAAGAGGAGAGUGGUGUGAGGGCCUUUUCGAGGGAGCUGGACUCGGCCCGGUUCCAGGAAGGGCUGGAACUGGGGGACCAGAGCCAGUAUCACUGACCGGGACCCAGGCCUCCACCUGGCAACUCCAGUCGGGAGUGGCUGCCAGGGGAAGGGCCUGGCAGUGAGAGGCAGCAGGGCACCCUGGCCCGACCCCCCAACACAUCCUGCAGACUUUGGGAAGGCUCCAGCAGAGCCCUGGCUGUAUCUCUCGGCCACGUGGAGGCCCCGGCCUGCUGACCAGCUCGAACAGGAGACGCUGGGCAGUCUAGAAGGGCCCCCCCAGGAUAGGACGGAGGAUACAGGCAAGCCCCGCCUCUUGGCAACAACGGCUGGAGCCCAGAGCACAGAGACUGAAGGCUUGGAGGGCUUUCCUGAGGUCACGAGGGAGAAGGUGUGCCUGAGGAGGAGGCAGGAAGAAGACUCUCUGGGAUCUUCCCCACCCUUCCACCAGCUGCCCUGCCCGAGGAGCUUCUGCGGCUGCCCCGCCCCACCCCUCCUCGCAGCCCCAUCCCUCCCCUGCAGUCUGCGGAGGACCCAAGACACAGAGGACCACCUCCUCCCAGCUUCCCCACAUGGACAGCCGCAAGGAAAAAGUCCUGCACCCUACCGGCAGGAAGGGAUGGCUGAGACCCUAGACGGGAAGGAGGCGACUGAGCCGCUUUCUGUCCCCCGCUCCUCAUCAGGGGUCCCAGGAGCCUCAGGGUAGAGACUUGUUCUCUUGUCUGUCCCUGCAAGGGUAGCAGGGCUCAUUAAAUGGGACCUGUGUGCAUUCUGAUGAAAGCAA